AUGGAGACCACGGCGCUGUCUGCUCAGGAAGGCCAGGAGAGACGUCAAGCCGCCAAGGGAGCCUGUCUUCGGUGCCCAGACAGUGCUGCUUGUUCUCAGUUCAAAGUGAGCCGCAGUUUAGACCGCCUUCCUCUUCUUGACCCAGACAGCCUGAGGGCGGCCCGGGAAUUUGCAGACAAAGCAGUAAAGAUGCAUAAAAUAUUCGCUGUGCAGGGCCGUUACCCUGUCAUCAGGGCAGCGUUGAGGGCUAGAGGUUGGGUCGAACAGUGCAUGCACAGCUCCAAGCAGAAGGUUCACCAGUGUCACAGAAACAAAAACAGAGCCGACUCGAAUCGUGCUGAAGACAAUAGUUCAGACGAUGCUGAAAAACCACCUGAUCCUCAGAGACUACAUGAUCUCAUGUCUCACCUGGUGCGCAAUAAGAUGGUUUAUUUCUACUGGACAAACCGUCGACACUCCAUCAACUCUAACAACUUACAUAAAGACCAGUUCACCAAUCACUUUGAAAAAGCAGGCACUUUCACCACAAAGGUGGGGCUGUGUAUGAACCUGAGGAACCUGCACUGGUUUGAUUCGGCCAACCCAGACACCUUCUUCCCCCGCUGCUACAGACUAGGAGCACAAGAUGAGAGGAUCGCGUUCAUUGAGGAUUACAGGAGGACGGCGUGCGUCGGCCUUCUGAAGUACAUUGUGGAGAUGGAUCGAGGUGUUCAGGGAGAGGGACCAACUUUAAAUCUCUGUUUUCUUUCAGGUCAGAGGAAACAAAACAAACGGCAGCCUAGACUGGACCUUUCUCAGAUAACUAGCAGUGCACUCCAAGUGUGUCAAGAGUUCCUGGAGAGCUUCGAGCAUCAUGAUAUCGACAUGAGCUCUGAAACUCCCCCGAUGCUUUCCCAGGCAGAGUGGGCAGAGUUCCUUGACAGUUACUACCUCGUUGUUCAUGGGGGAGCAGAGAUUGAGAUCAGGGAUCGCCUGGUGACCUGCUGCAAGGCCAUGCUGCAGAGGAUGAAGGCGGUCAGUCCACAGCUGGAGAUAGACGGCAUCCACAACAUCUGGAUCAUCAAACCUGGAGCUAAGUCCAGAGGCAGAGGUAUCAAAUGUGCCAGGCGUCUUGAUCAGAUCCUCAGGGUGGUGGACGGAGAUCCCACCCUGAUCAAUGAAAGAAAGUGGGUGGUGCAGAAGUACUUGGAGCGCCCCUUCCUGGUCCACGGCACCAAGUUUGAUGUGCGCCAGUGGUUCCUGGUCACGGACUGGAACCCGCUGACUAUAUGGUUCUACAAAAAGUGCUACUUGCGUUUUUCCACACAGCCUUAUUCACUCGAUACACUGGACAGUUCGGUACACCUGUGUAAUAACUCCAUCCAGAAGCACUUGACUCCCUCUCAGCAGCGACAUCAGUGUAUUCCCACCGACAACAUGUGGUCAGACAAAGAGUUCCGGGCUUUUCUGUCCACUGGAGGCCGGAAAUCUCAGUGGGAGACUGUGGUGGUCCCGGGAAUGAAGAAAGCUGUGAUCCAUGCGUUACAAACAUCACAGGAUCUGAUGGACUCGCGCAAAAACACCUUCGAGCUGUACGGUGCUGAUUUCAUGCUCGGUCGUGAUUUGCAUCCCUGGUUAAUAGAGAUCAAUGCGAGCCCCACCAUGGCGCCCUCGACCCCUGUGACGGCUCGUCUCUGCGCUGCUGUGCAGGAAGACACAUUACGAGUUGUCUUGGAUCGUAGACUUGACCGCACUGCAAACACAGGCGACUUUGAGCUAAUAUAUAAGCAGGCUGCGGUGGACAUCCCUCAGUAUGUGGGAGUCAAUCUGCUUGUUGAGGGAUUUGCAAUUAAAGGCGCUUCCCCACUUCCUCCGUUGCGCUCCAGCAAACGUUCAGCACCGAAACACCGGGGUGCCAUCACAGAGAAGAACCCUGCAGAGAAGGUCAAGCUGCUGCCUAAAAUGAGAGCUAGAGAGUGA